AUGUGCACCAACAACGUGAUGGCCAAUCCGUGGGGACUCCGCGAGAGUCCCCCCUUAGGCAAAGUUAUCGUCAAGUGUUGUCCCUGCUUCUUCAGGAAAGUUGCAGAUUUUCCGAUAACUGGUAUUAAGGAGGCAUCGACGCCUGUGUUGACGAUAACGUUACCUCCUGAGUCGCUGAGUGAAAAAAUUCCAUUAUUAGCCUUGACUUGCUUCGUCGUGAAAAUGUGCACCAAAAACGUGAUGGCCAAUCCGUGGGGGCUCCGCGAGAGUCCUCCCUUAGGCAAAGUUAUCGUCAAGUGCUGUCCCUACUUCUUCAGGAAAGUAGUAGAUUUUCCAAUAAUUGGUAUUAAGGAGGCAUCAACGCCUGUUUUGACGAUUACGUUGCCUCCUGAGUCGCUGAGUGAAAAAUCAGCCUUAGGAAGCGUUCCCGCCACGCCGAUUAUUUCUCGACUAUCUCCAAGAGACACUCCAGAGAAGCAUAGCGCUACAACAGCACUGCCGCCUCCACCGCUAUCAUCAGGAUCUGAGUCUUCGGGCUACUUUACGCCUCCUCCAGAAACGAAAAGGGCUUUUGUAAAGUUGGAUAGUGUAGAUAGAACUUCCGAGUCAGAGGACAGAGAAGAAGACUUAGAUAAUAAUAAUGAUGAUAAUAACAAUAACGUUCAACAGGACGAGGUUGAUAUACCGCAAGAAAUACAGAAGAGACAUUUAUCAGUAAGCUCAGCAGAAUCAGCCGAAGUUAUCGAAGAGCCAGUAGCAGUUAUAGAAGAAAAGAGUAAUCCAUCCCCUACAAAAUCGGAGAAGUUUGAAAAACUCGAACCUAGUUUACGUCGUUAUAGUUUAUCAAGAUCAAAGGAAUCUUCCUUUAUAGAGAAACCCAUAUCAGAAAUUAGAAGUAAAAGUAAAUCUGAAGUUGACUUACAAAACUUUCUUCCAGAAAUAUCGCCCAGUCGAAAAAGUCUUAGCUCAGCACCUGUAUUUAAAGACGAAUUGAUACCCAAUGGAAAUUUUGUAAUAACCACUUAUGAAAAGAUUGAAACUAUUAUACCUGUUACCAGCAAUAACGAUGUUAAUGAGAACCCAGAGUCACCAACAAAAGAAAUCACCAUUACAAGAAAACUGAGUCGAAGGCUAUCACGGACACAAAGUAGAAGAUCCAUAAAAUCUACACCAAGAAACGGCACACCUAGUUCUACGAGAGCUGGUAGCAAUAAAUCCAAGGACACUCUUCAACUGGCUUUGACUCAAUUAAAUAAUCCUGAAUGGGAAGUCAUGAUUCAAGGACUUCAGACUUUGACUCGAGUUGCAAAAUACUAUCCUGAGGUAAUUGAAACUCAGAUGCAUACAGUGUGCAUUAAUUUGGCAAAACACAUCAAGAAUUUAAGGUCGCAAGUGGCAAGAGCUGCUUGUCAUACUGCUUCUGAGUUGUUUGGAACUUGCAGGAAAAGUUUAGAAGUGGAGCUUGAAGAAAUCGCAGGACCUCUUCUUCAUCGGACUGCAGAUACCAAUAAAUUUUUAAGAGCUGAUGCCAACGCAGCAUUAGAUGUAAUGUGUGAGAACCUCCCCAUGAAUCGAGUGAUUUUCGUCAUAACAUCAAGAGGAUGCACUCAUCAAAACAGUGUAGUUCGAGCAACGGCGAUAAGACUGAUAACCGAACUAGUAAAAAAACACGGAGCUGACAAGAUUUUCCAGAUGAAUAAAGAUAUUAGAGAUAAAAUUAUUCUAGCAGGUGCAAAUUCUCUAGCUGACGGAAGUUUAGAGGCGAGGAGUCAUGGUAAAGAAAUGUUUUCUUAUAUUUGUGGACAUCCGCAUUUUCAUAAAAACCUGUUGGAGGCAGUGCCUCAAAAUACUUUAAGGCACAUAGCGAAGACGCUCAAUUCUAUUAAACCAUUUACUGGAACGUAAUAGAUAAUAUGAAUUACUUAUAGUUUAUAAUUUAAAUUUGCUGUCGGGUUCAAAUUUGUAUUGUGCUAUUUAUAAUAUGUGUGGUCGGCGGACAAAAGCAGACAAGUCAAAAUUUGAGCUUUCUCAGGAAGCGAAAAAAACUAUUUUAAAAUUAAACGUAUAAAUAAAUGUAGCUUUUAUUGAUUAAAAUUAUGUGUAUAAGAUAACUACCUUCAUUACAAUACAAAAUAAAAAAAUCAUAAAUGUUAUAUAUUUUGGAUUUUGAUUGCUUUGUCCACAGGUACGUCUUUCUUUAUUGACAUAACUUAUAAGGCGUAAAUGAAGUGCAAACUUUAAAUUAAAAAAAAAACAUAAAUAUCAGUUAUUAUGAAAUAAAAAUUAAAAAAUACUGAUAAGAAUUGGUUGAUUUGUUAUAAUUGGAACUUCUAAAGGGAAUUGGCCCCAUCUUCUCUUGAAAUCAACAGUCUUAAAUGGGUCUUUUCUAUUAAGGCUGUCUUUGAAUUAUUGCACGAAGCCAACUCUUUCGAAGCCAUCUUUUUUCCAACCAUCGGAACUGACAACCACAGUGUCUUUAGUUCUUAGUACUAUGCAACCUUUAAGUAAUGAUAAGAAAUCAAAGAAGUCCGUUUGUGACAUUUCCGUAACAGUGAAUUUGGAGCUGCUUGAACGUACAAGUUGCAUCCAGUAGUGAUGGUGAAAUAUUUGAAUGUCAGUUUUCUUCUUUUUAUUCUCAAUUAUACUGUGAUCAGUAUCUAAUUCCAAAUGAGUGUGGCCUGGUACCAAAAACGUAUGAUCUAUCAGCUAGCUUAUAAUUAGAUGAGGAUCUAUGUAAGGCCCACGUAAACAUCGCAGAUACAUUAGAGUUACGGCUUUGCCCCCACAUGUGUCUGAAUAAUAAAUUCCAUAUUGUGUCUUAGGUGGUACAAUCGUUUGCAGGUUUUGUAAGAUGCUAUCUUAUUUGCCCCUUUACCUGCAAGAAAUUCAUACUACAUGUAACAAAUAGCAUUAGGUACCUGUACUGUUAUCAUUAGUGCUCGGGAAAUAUGCACUUAAAAAACCCUAAAAUGUGCAUCCAAAGAUGCACAAAAAACAGUUGAAAUAUGCACUUAAAUAUGCUUUUAUGCGUUUAAUGCAUAUAAAUAAAAAACGCAGUAAUCCUUGUUUUGAAGGUAUUUAAUUAUUUAUUUGAU